UACGCACAUUUGGGGGGGGGGGCGCGACUGACGGACGAUUUAGUGGUAGCGCCUCUUUCUUUUCCUUUUCAACCCACUCGUGACACCAGCAGAUGCUUCGUAUUUCCAUGUGUUUUCUUUCUCAGCCGUCUUUUUCACGCGACCACAAGGAGCCGAAAAGUGACAGGUUACCAUCUCUCUCCUUGAAUCCGAACGCAUUGCUUCUUUGUGCGCGCCAUGUUGACGUGUCGUUAACUCUUCUCUCCCUUUCCCCCUUCACGAGUGAACCGAAGCCACCGUUUCACGACCUCAACGGUAAUCAUGGCAAGUGAGUGGGAAGAAAUUCGACGUCUUGCAGCCGAUUUCCAGAGGGCACAGUUUGCCGACACCGCGCAAAGGUUAUCAGAGAGGGACUGCAUUGAAAUCAUUGCGAGACUGAUCCAAGACAAGAAGGUGGACGUGGUGCACACGAUCGAUGGAAAGGAGUACGUCACUCCCGCACAGAUCACCAGAGAAAUCCGCAAUGAACUUUACCGUCACGGAGGGCGGGUAAAUAUUUUGGAGCUCCAGCAGAUUAUCAACGUCAAUUGGAGCGACGUUGAAUCGAGAGCAAAUAACAUCGCAAAGUCUGACAGAAGUGUCCAGCUGGUGCUCGGACAGCUUAUCGACGACACCUACCUGAACCGUUUGGCCGAGGAAGUCAACGACAGACUACAGGAAGCUGGUUUGAUCAGCAUUUCAGAACUUUGUAAGAGUUACGAUCUACCGGGUGAUUUUCUAAAUGACGAGCUCGCCAAGCGUCUCGGGAAGUUGAUACAGGGAGAAUUGGAUCGGUCCAGUCGUGGAGUCAUCUUUACUCCGGCCUUUGUCGCCCGCCACACAGCCAAGAUCCGAGGACUAUUCAGCGCAAUUACUCGGCCCACGCCUGUCAUCGGAAUGAUUAGCGCUUUCGGGCUUCAGGAGCAUCUCCUGUAUUCUGUUCUGGGGGAGCUGGUGAAUACCGGACGCCUGAAAGGAACCAUCGUUGGCGGGCGACAGGACAAUGCUGUUUACAUCCCCAACAUUUACUCCAAAACGCAGAAUAGUUGGGUGGAUUCUUUCCUCCAACAGAAUGGCUAUCUCGAGUUUGAUUCGUUAACCCGGCUGGGGAUCCCCGAGCCCGUCGGCCACAUUAAGAAGCGUUUCAAGUGCCAGAAUCUUCUUUUCCUCAGCGACGCUUGCGUGAGCCAGGCAUUGGUCGACCAGGUGGAGGCAUCCGUGGAGGAAGCCGUCAGCUCCGGCACGUGGACGGACAUAGAAGCCAUUUUGCCAAGCUGCCUGUCGGAGGACGACAUGGCGACGUUGAUCAACCAGGCCAUGAGGAAUACGAACGUGCACUCGGCCGCCCGGCUCCUCGGAGCCACGGUUGUCGUCAGUGAAAAGUGGAUCGGCGAGUGCCUCGCUCUGUUCGAUGAUGCCAUACGGCAGAAAGCUCAGAAGGAGUUCAAGAGCAAUCCCGUCCUGCUGAUCACCGAAGAGGAUCUGAAGCAAGCACACGUGCUUGCGGAAAACUCCGGACCGUCGAAAAAGGACAAGAGGGACGCAGAGCGCAGGAAAAAAGGCGCGGAGGGCAGCGGCACGGUGAAAGGCGGAGGAGGGGGCAACGCUCGAGAGAUCCGAAUUCGGAAAACCAAGAAGAAAGGGAAGAAAGACGAUGAUGACGAAGAAACCAGACCUCGGUCUAAAAAGGAGGAAGCCCCGCCCUUCAUGACGCAGGAAGAAAUUGAAGCUGUUCUGGAGGACCGAGUGAGUGACUGUCCACACCAAGUCCUUUCCGAGCUUGCGGAACAUCUGGUGAGGCCCUUGAGCAAAACCUACCAGGAAGUCCUGCGGAGUUUGAUCAUGUCCAGCACCUGCCCGGUGUCGGGUGGCAACAAAAAGUCCGUCAAGGAUCUCCAGGAGGAGCUCACCAACCUGUACAACAACAUCAGGCUCUUUGAGAAAGGCAGCAAAUGGUUCUCCGACGAAACCCAGGCGGUCAUCGCCAAGCACGUCCUCAAAAGCGUCGGCGCCGACGUCGCCAACGUCCUGGUCAACUUCCUCGCCGCCGACCUGAUGAUGUCCGUGGAGAACCCGGCCGCCAUCACCGGCGAGCUACGGUUGAAGAUUUUGGCUAAAGUGUCGGACGACACCAAAGCGCCCUUGAUCAAGCUGCACAACUCUCUGAACGGUAAAACGAUCGAAGAGUUCCUGGAAAACCUCGAGACGGCCGCCGAGGCCUGCGGCUUCAUGCUGAAGAAGGCCGACAAGAAAAAAGAGCGGCAGGCUUUCUUGCGCCACCGCCAGACUCUGAGCGAGCAGCUGAAAGACACUGAGGACCCCGCUCUGGUUCUUCACCUUACCAGCAUGCUGCUGUUCCAGGACAGCACCCACUGCAUCCUGCACGCUCCGGGACGCUGCGUCCCGCACAUCCUCGGAACCCUCACGGGCCGCAUCCCCGCGGAGAAGCAUCAGCUGCUGACCUCGUAUCAGAGCCUGGUGGUGAAGCAACUGAUGAGUCAGAGUCAAGGACGGACGCGGGACGACGAGGGGUCAAGUGACCUGACCCGGUGUCACCUUUUGACCCCACAAGUCAAGGAGCUGGCGCUUUCCCAGAGGAAGCCGUCGAUGAGCGAGGCCAACGCUUCCGGAAAAUGAUGCCGAUGUCAUGUUCUGAUGAACGAAACACAGUUUCUCACGUCCACAGACUUUUAAGAACACUUCGCAGGUGCGACGGCUCGGUUGGUGGACCCGCGCCGUCCGGUGGCCGUUUCGAUUCCGGGCUCCCGACUGUCCACUUUCCAGCCACGGAAGCACAAAUUUCUCUCAAUUCUAUUGGCUAAUCAAAGGAUGUUGAAGUUAUUUUGAUUGAUCUUUCGGGAUCCUUUUUUGGUUAAUUAUUUCAUUACUUACCGAUACCGAGGACCGAUACCGCUUGUACUUUGGAUAUACAAAAUGUCAUUAUCAGUGCAAACUAGCGUCAGAUUUUUUUUUUUUUUUUUGCUUUUGCCCUCAGUACUGGUGAGCUGGUAUCGGCAUCCUCCGAGAGUAUCCGUUACCUUAAAGUAAGGCCGGUAGCGAUCCGAAGUAUCGGUACUCCUACUCGUUCAAGGCCCGCUGAAUAUUGUGACGGUGAAAGCACCAAACCUAGCAAAAAGAAAGCAUUGAUUAUUCUUUUGCCGCAGCAAGGUUUUUGUGAAAAGAAAAAUGACAAGCAUACCUGAGUGGUGCAAAUCGAUGUUGCUAUUGUCACUCUUCCCCCCCCUCCUCCAAAAAAAAAAGACAGAGAACGUGCCUUUGAUGGAAAAUAAAUUGACACUCACAACUGGCACCUGUUGGUCUCGAUAGCGGUUUGC